CACCGUCGCAGACACUGACGUCACGCGUCGGCGUGUGGCUGAGCGCGUUAUGGCUUACUGCAGUGAGGCGAAUGCGACAAAUGAAUGUCAAGCAGGCCCACAUAUAUACUGACCGCCUGUCACUGACGGAACCCGAACUCACCCUCCCAGCAUAACGUCUCGCGGCCGCGAUGCAGUCCGUGCUCAACGCCCUCUCCCCUUCCUCCCACAAGCAGACGCAGAACUCAGACUCAAACAACAUGCCGCCCGUCCCAAAGCGUGGCCUUGCCUUUGACUUCUCUGGCAGGAGCAUCAUAGCGUGUGCAGGUGCCGGGGCACGCGUCGCGACCACCUACAGAGCAUCGAAGGACGCGGCGGACGUGGCGAAGCAGAUCUCUAAGGAGAAUGGAGUUGAGGUCAAGGCGUACCAAUGCGACGUCUCCGACGCGGUGCUGGUGCAGAAGACGUCCAAGCGGAUCAACGAGGAGAUGGGUCCCGUCACCGGGCUCGUUGCGAAUGCCGGGGUCUCGGUCGUGAAGCCUGCGCUCGAGAUGACGCGGGAAGACUUUGACAAGGUGUACACGGUGAACGUUCUCGGCGUUUUCAACGCCGCACGGCUCUGGAUUAUCAACCAAGUAGCGCAGGGGAAGCCGUUGCCACAGGUAUUCUACAACUCUUCCAAAGCAGCUGUGUCCCGUCUCGUGAAGGGCCUCGCGGCUGAGUGGGCUCAAUACAACAUCCGCGUGAACGCCGUCUGUCCAGGAUACGUCAACACCGACCAGACGUCCGGCAUGGAGAAAUCUGUCAGGGACCAUCAGGCAGGCGGGGUGCCGCUUGGCCGGUUCGCGCAGCCGCAUGAGAUGGCACCGCAGACGCUGCUGCUGCUUUCUGAGCAUGCAAGCUACAUGACCGGACAGGAGUACUCUGUUGACGGGUGAGUCAUGCGCUUCGUGCGAGCAGCCGUGUGGGUAGCAAGACGAGUGUGCAGUGGUCAACUCGUGUUCUGAGAUAACGAUAACCUUGAGAUGGAUUUUAGUAGAAUGCAAUAUUGGUGAUUUUGAUGUUGCUG